UCCGCCUGCCGGCAUCAGCAUUCACGGGCCGUCUUUCAAACGGUUGGGAUCGUUUACGGAACUUGGGAUUACAAACCCGUCUCCUGUGCUGUCGUCGAGUCUUAAUUCCUAGUUGUGCUUCGUCGUCUCUGUGUUAGUACAAUGUAGUGAUUCUCUUGUGCAGGCAAGGAAGUACUGUUCGCAUUUAAGUUGUGGUGUUCGUUAGCCGUUGUGCGGCAAACCGGUUGCUCCUGCUGUGCCUGUGUCAGUGGCCCGUACAUGUAACAUAGUCUGGUGCUCUCGGCAGACUGUGUACGACAACUACUGAGGGAUUUGUCAUCCAGUGGACAUCUUUGGAUAACAGAUAUCAGAUGCCCAAGACAACCGCGGAGAAAACCCGCUUCUGAGGAAGGUACAUCAGAGACACCGAUGAAGUGGGGCAGAUGAUCAGAGCAUCGUCAUGUUGGCGCCAUGGCUGCCAGCCCUCUGGCUCCUCCUCUUACUCUCCAUCGCAGCGGGCGAUACCUCCAACACAGACAGGGUCGCCUUCACCAGGGCAACGUACAACGCCUCCAUCCCGGAGAACUCCGUCCGCAAGCGCUAUGUCCAACCUACGGAGAAAAUGGGUAUUUUUAUCUCCGACCCCACACUCCAUGUGCGCUACAAGAUUGCUGGAGGUGACAAAGACCGGCAAUUCAAAGCCGAGGCACGUCACGUUGGCGACUUCUGGUUUCUGUUCAUACGAACACGAACAGAAAACGCGGGGUCGCUAAACCGCGAGUACGAGGACCACUACAGGCUGAAGGUGAAAGGGUCCAUCUUCUAUGCUCAACAACACAAGCGCCUCUAUGAUGUUCACUGCGAAGUUGUGGUUGAGGUUACUGACACAAACGACCUCAAUCCGCUUUUCUAUCCAAAGUCGUACAACGUAACUGUUCCAGAAGAUACCCCCCUUCAUCAGAGUGUGUUGAAACUAAGCGCUUAUGAUCCGGACUUGGGCGUGAAUGGCGAGAUAUACUACAGGGUUCUGGAAAGGACCAGGCAAUUUGCGAUCCAUCCAACUAUGGGCACGAUCACGCUCACCAGGCCGCUUGACUACCAGCGGAAUGAGACACACGAAUUCACAGUUGUUGCUGAAGACAGAGGUCCCAAGUUGAGGACGGGAAGCAUCAUAAAGUCCAGUACAGCAACAGUAACGGUCCGAGUGUUGCCCGUUAACAAACACAAGCCCGUUAUUUUCGUUCGAAACAAGCAAACCUGGCUUGAACCUGGACUUCCCGACGUCUGGGCUGUGGUUAAGGUGACCGACAAAGACCCUGGCAUCCAUGGGCAGAUUGCUGGCCUUGCUGUCGUUGACGGCGACAUCGACGACCAUUUCAAAAUUGUACCGCUGUCACAGCCUGGAGAGUUCAACAUUGAAGUAGACCCAAGACCCGGACGACCCCUCAACCCGAAAGGGUACACCCUCACCCUUCGUGCUUGGGACCAAGGAACGCCCUCACAAUAUACGGAUGAAGUCGUGCGUGCAAGACUAUCAGAUGUUGACAACUUGUUGCCGACUUUCAGUCAGCCAGAAUACGAUGUUGACAUAGAAGAAGUUGCACCUCCUAACACUCCAGUAGCAAAAGUAGAAGCACACGUUUUCGGACAAGAGAAGGCAAAAAUCACCUACCACAUCGAGACCGGCGACGAUGAUGCGGCAUUCAACAUCAACACACGGACAGGUCUAAUCACAUUAAGGCGUGUACUGGAUAGGGAGGUUAAAAUGUACUAUUCACUGACUGUUAGUGCUUCGAACGCUGCUGCAAGAGGAGGUGGGCAACGCAAAAGGACGACAACUAUUGUGAACAUCAAAGUACUCGAUUGUAACGAUAACCCGCCUGUGUUCAAUGAGUCGUCGGCUGAAGUUAUCUACGAUGAGAAUAAACCCGUAGGCAGCAAAGUUUACACUGCCCACGCUGUUGAUGCUGACGAGGCUGAGAAUGGUUACGUUAGCUACAGCCUAGUAAACCUAAACCACGUACCCUUCUCGGUCGACCCGUUCAGUGGAGAGGUCCGCACAACAGAAGUUCUCGACUUUGAAACAAUGAGGCGCAACUAUGUGCUGAGGAUUAGAGCAACCGACUGGGGUAUACCUUACCAGAGGCAAACAGAGAUGACACUGAGAGUUCGAGUAAAAGACGUCAAUGAUCACAGACCUCAGUUCGAGAAAGUGGACUGCGUCGCGACAGUUUCAAAGAAGGCCGAAAUAGGAACAGAAAUUCUUACGCUCUCAGCGAUUGAUUUCGACGAAGGCGGGACAGGAACGGUAUCGUACAAGAUGGAGCCUAGUGGAGAAGAUUCAUGCUUUCGGCUAGACCCCAGCACAGGUGUGUUAACUCUGGCUUGCGACUUAUCGCAGCAGCAGGGCAAAGAGCGUUCGUUGAACGUCACUGCAACAGACGGCCGACAUUUUGCUGACGUCAUGAAGGUGCUGGUACGUAUAGUUGGAGCUCGGCGUCCAUCCCUGGCCGAGUGCAAAGACAUGGGGGUUGCUCAAAGGCUACGGGAACAGCUGCGUGCUGCCGAAAGGUCCAACCCGCGCGGCGCACAGGAAGACAGGGUUGAGCCAACAGCGCCUAGCUUCCUCGAGAACCGGCACGGGCCGGAGUUUUCGGAGGGAGCCCCGAGCGAAAUUUCUGUGGAUGAAGAUCUUAGCGUGAACUCUGUCUUAGUUCGCCUUGAAGCCAAGGACUUGGACCAUGGCUACAACGGGAAGGUGCUCUACGUUAUCUCUGAUGGAGACGAAGAUUCUUGUCUGCGCAUGGAUAUGCACACGGGUGAUCUGGUGCUUACUGCUCCGCUCGACCGUGAGGUUACGCCUAUGUACAUCCUUAACAUCACAGCCUACGACCAAGGUCACCCUCCAAAGGCAGAAUCUAGAACCCUCGUGGUAAAAGUUCGUGAUGUCAACGAUAACGCCCCUGUGUUUGAAAAAUCUUCGUAUAGUUUCAUACUGAAUGAAAACGUAGCUAACGGAACGUCUCUAUCUCGGCUUCGCGCGACUGAUAAAGACGAAGGAUUAAACGCGGAAUUCCGCUUUGUUUUGUAUACUGACACGUCAGACUUUGCCUUGAACCCCACAUCUGGUCUUCUCACGGUGGCUGGACCAUUAGAUAGAGAACGUCAGGAGAAAUACAGCCUUGUAGUGAAGUUGAUUGAUGGGGAUCCGGUCACACCUUUAACAUCUACGGCCACUGUCUCUGUCCGGCUGCAGGACGUCAACGAUAAUGCUCCUUCAUUCACUUUAAGGCAGUACAUGGCAAGGGUUCGAGAAGAUUUACCUCUGGGUUCCAUCGUGACUUCUAUGUCUGCAAAAGACCCGGACUGGGGCAAUGGUGGAAAGGUCCACUACGAAAUCAUUGGGAAAUACGGAGACAUAUUUGACGUCGAUCCGGACAUGGGAAUCGUCCGCUUGAUCUCUGCGCUAGAUUUUGAGACGUGCCGUAUCUACAACGUCACCGUUGCCGCCACAGAUAGCGGUGACCCUGAGCUUUCUUCAGCCGCAUCGUUGCUGGUGGAAGUAGAGGAUGUCAACGAAAACCUGCAUACACCGGUGUUCCCAGACAUGGUAGCUAAUGCGAGUGUGGAUGAAAACCAGCCGAAAGGAACACUAGUUACCAGUAUCUCAGCUGUUGACGAGGAUACAUCGGGUAAUGACGGCAAAGUGACGUACGCUAUUGUGGAUGGAGAUGGCAUGGGAGUUUUCACAAUUGACGACAAAGGGGACCUCCGCACAUCUGCAGUCCUGGAUUGCGAAGCCAAAUCGCACUACUGGAUUACUGUCGUCGCGCAGGACCGGGCUGCAGUUCCUCUCAUGUCCCGACUGGAGAUGUACAUCGAAGUGAACGACGUCAACGACAACGUUCCCCUGACAAGAGAGUCGGCUUACAAUCCAUCGGUAGCGGAGAACAGCUUAGAGGGAACUGUGGUCGUGCAGCUGGACGCCUUCGACCUCGACAACAGUCCUGGACAGAAACUUAGCUUCGCCAUCUCGGCCGGUGAUCCGCAUAGGCACUUCCAGAUCGACCCGGAAAGUGGUCUGAUAACAACGACCUCCAUCCCACUUGAUCGUGAGAUGCAAAACAGGCACGUUCUCGAGGUGACGGUGUCAGAUGCUGGUGAUCCCCCGCUGUCCUCAACCACUCAGGUCAUCGUUACCGUUACUGACGUCAACGAUCACCAGCCGAGGUUCCUGCAGACAUCCAAUAGGUUUCGUGUACUUGAACAAGACGACCAAGAGGAACCUGUGGAACUGUGCCAGGUGUUGGCUUCCGACAGAGAUCAUGGUGCAUAUGGAGAAAUCGAGUACAGCAUCAUGCAGGGAGCUGGCCAAAAGUUCCGCAUCAAUCCAGCGACUGGUGCCAUAUAUAGCCGUUUUGCUCUGGUCAAUGGAGAUAGUCAUGAACUUUUGGUGAAAGCUUUCGACCAGGGAGAUCCUUCCUUGUACAGUACCACUAAGGUGCAGCUUCACGUGGUGGCCCGCCCUGUUAGCUCAGCUCAUUCUCCUAAAAUCAAGGAGGUCGAGGUGUCACCCACUAUCGAGGAUGACAAAGUGGGCCACAUGGUGGCCGUUGUCAGAGCUGUUGACCUUGAUGGGGACUCCCUCUGGUACACUAUCACAGGAGGUAAUCAAGAAAACAAAUUUAUGAUACGGAAAGAAGAAGGCCUUAUCCAACUAGCAAGGCCUCUAGAUUGGGAAACUACACCUGUGUACAACUUGACUGUUGAAGCCACCGAUGGCAUUGGCAAAGCAAGCACUAUGGUAACAGUUAACAUCGUAGACACAAAUGACAACUGGCCGGAGUUUUCUGAAAGCACUUUUCGAGCAGAAAUAUCCGAAAGCAUUCCUUCUGGAACAGACAUUGUCCAGCUAACUGGUGCUGACGCUGACAAGGAUAAAAGGCUUUUCUAUUCCAUAUUUAACAGUGCAAGCCCUCUAACUCUACAGAAGUUCACAGUGGACUCACUCACGGGUGUCUUGUCAACGCGUCAGACACUGGAUCACGAGGAAGCGAGAAGGCACAUGUUGACUGUUAUGGUCAAAGACAUGGGAGCUCCCGUGAACAAGCGCAACUUUGCAAGGGUCAUAAUCAACGUGUCAGAUCACAAUGAUCAUCCUCCUGAAUUCUUGUCCUCCAUGUUCGAAGGCAAGGUGUACGAGACUGUGGCAAUCGGCACAUCAGUUGUUGACGUUCGAGCGGUAGAUAGAGAUCGAGGACGCAAUGCCCAGAUGACUUUCUCCAUUGUGUCAGGGAACGUUGGUGGUACCUUCAACAUCCAUCCUCAACUGGGCACUCUAACUGUAGCCAAGGAGCUCUCCCAGCAGACACUUCCAGAAUACUUCCUCACUGUUCGCGCCACAGACCAUGGGGAACCGCCUCUCAACGCAACAGUAACAGUCCACAUCAUUGUUACCAUUGCCGAUAAUGCUUCUCCGCGCUUUGAUCCCCCUAAUCGUGCUAUUGAGAUCUAUGAAAAUGAGAAACCUGGAACUUUUAUCUUGUCCCUGACCGUUGUGAGCCGAUCAUCCUUGUAUUUCGAAAUUACAUCCGGUAACAAGGGAAACAGUUUCUCUGUGGACCCCUCUUCUGGCAUUUUGUCAACCAACAGAGCCCUGGACUAUGAGUGGACGCGUUUCUACAACUUGACAGUCACAGCUACAAAUUUGGUGGGGGUGAAUGCUUCUACGCUAGUCCUGGUACACGUGCUCGACAGGAAUGACAAUGCGCCGCGGUUUUUACAAUCUCGCUAUGAUGGUGUAGUGAGCGAAGCAGCUGAGCCGGGAAGUGUGGUCCUCACCGAAGGCAACGCUCCACUCGUGGUGACUGCCGAAGACGAAGAUUCAGAACUUAAUGCUCUACUUACUUUCGAGAUUGUGGAGGUGUGGGCAAGGAAACAGUUCAAGGUGGACCCCAACACAGGUGCACUCAGUAUUGUGACUAAACUAGACAGGGAAGCCGUAUCAUCGUAUUCCUUCACCGUCCAAGUCUCUGACACUGGGCGACCAAAACUGGCAGCUCGAAACCCAGUUCCUAUCCACAUCAAUGUCACCGACGUCAACGAUACACCUCCCCACUUUGAUCAUCAGUACUACAAUGCUACCCUACUACUACCUACUUAUCAGGGGGUGCAGAUAGCCAAAGUCCGUGCCACAGACCCUGACCUCGAAUCACCACUGGGUAUAAAGUACACUCUUGUGACCGGAGAUCAUGAAGGACACUUUGAGGUUCUGCAAGACACUGGAGACGUCCUGGUCAGAAACCCAGAAAACCUUAGAGACCUCUACCGUUUGGUGAUUUCUGCCAACGAUGGCCAGUUUGAAACUGCGACGUUCGUCAUAGUGACCGUCGGACGCUCCGGAGAAGGUGGUCUACGCUUUGCUAGUGAUUCCUACGAAGCUCACAUCUCGGAAAACUCAACUAUGGUCUCGGUGGUCACCAUAGUAACUGUUCUUGGCAGUGCUUUGAACGAGCACAUUUCCUUUCACAUACUGAACCCGAGUGACAAAUUUAAGAUUGGGAGGACAUCAGGAGUAAUCCGGACGACCGGCGUCGCUUUCGACCGUGAACUGGUCGGUAGUUACCGUUUGGUGGUGGAAGCACGGAGUGAUGCCACAGAUCCUCCACGAGUCGCGCACGUUCUCGUCGAAGUUGGUAUUCUGGAUGAGAAUGACAAUGCACCCAUAUUUGUCAACCUUCCAUACUACUCGGUUGUACCUGUCGAGGCAAAAGCUGGAGACCUCGUACGAAAGGUGGAAGCGAUAGAUUUGGAUCUCGGAGAAAAUGGCCACAUUCGGUAUGAACUUAGGGAUGGGCACAACGAGAUGUUCCAUAUCAAUCCUUCCACUGGCGAUAUCACACUCAAACAGCCCCUUGGCAACCAUAACACUGACUACACUCUGGUCGUCAUUGCUAAGGACAAUGGAAUUCCUUCACUGCAAAGCGAAGCGGUCGUACCCAUUAAGGUUGUCAAUCGGGCAAUGCCGGUCUUCCCGCAACAAUUUUACACUGUCAGUGUUCCUGAAAAUCAGCAGCCACAUGUUCCUGUGCUCACAGUGCAGGCUGAUAGCCCAAAGGGGCGUCAGCUUAUCUACAGCAUCGUUUUCGGGAACUCGAAUGAGGAAUUUGCAGUUGACUUCAACACAGACCCAGCCCAUAGUAAUGGCCCAUGUGUGCUUUAUGUGGUCGAGCACCUCGACUAUGAGACAACCCAAAAAUACCAGCUGACGUUGCGAGCCACCGACUCCGUAAAUGGAGCCUUUGCUGAUGUCCUUGUGAGCAUAUCCGUAGAAGACGUCAACGACUUCCCUCCCAUGUUUACGCAGCCUUCCUACAACACAAGCGUUUCUGAGGCAGCACCAUUUGCCACCUCCAUUCUUAAGGUCUAUGCGACAGACCGGGACACUGGCCCGAAUGCCCAGAUCCAGUACAGCCUUCAAGGCAAAGCUCAAGCAACCUUUCACAUCGACCCGUCUGAAGGAACACUGUUCAUCAAAGCUUCCUUAGACCAUGAGACCCAGCCAAUGUACCACCUCGUUGUCAUGGCAACAGACAACGGGUCCCCUGCUGCUUUAAGUUCAACUGCCCACGUGUGGGUCACUGUGAUGGACAUGAACGACAACCCUCCUGCGUUUCAACAUCCUACCUACCAUUGUGCAAUCGGUGAACUUGCGUCCAGAGGACAGUUUGUGACCAGAGUUGCAGCUUCAGAUCCUGACAGUUCAGACAAGGACAAGCUUGUUUACUCUAUAGUAGGUGGGAAUGAAGUGCAAGCAUUUACAAUCAACCGCAAGACAGGUAUAAUCACGCUGUCGAAUCUCCACCAGUUCCCACAGCAGGCAGCAUAUGUACUGAAUGUCUCCACAACGGAUGGUGUAUACUUGAGCCAUGCCAAAGUGAUAGUCACGGUGCUUCCAUCAAAUGAACAUCCACCAGUCUUUACUCACACCAUCUAUGAAGCAGCUCUUCCUGAAAAUGAAUCUCCAGGCCACUUAGUGAUAACAGUUGUGGCCACUGACAUGGAUCGCAGUAAUUUUGGCCGUGUCACCUAUUCAAUCACGAGUGACGAUUGUGCUAGGGACUUUCGCAUUGAUCCUACAACAGGAGAUGUCUUCACAACAAAGUCACUGGACAGAGAAGUGAGACACCUAUACGAGAUCCCUGUCUCUGCAAGAGAUGGUGGUGGUCGCAUCGCCUUCACUGUUGUACGUGUUGCUGUCACUGAUGUCAAUGACAAUGAACCACAGUUCGCAGUGUCAGAGUACCGUGCAAACAUCCCGGCAAACAUCACCGUUGGAACUACUAUCCUUAAGGUGCGUGCAUUUGAUAAAGACCAAGGACUGGGAGGAUCACUUCAAUACGGUAUCCAUGAAAGCAAUGGCCUUACUAACAUCACAUCACUUUUCGAUAUCACACGUGACAGCGGAGAGAUCUAUGUCAAGGCUCUGCUCAGCGGAAAAGAAAACAAUGCGUACCAGUUCUUUGUAAAAGUCAGCGAUCAUGGCAAGCCAAAGGCGCUGGAAAAUGUUGCACCAGUAACUGUGGUUGUGAUGCACCCCAACGAGGUCGCCCCACAAAUGAGACUCACCAACUUCGAUUACUUUCUCCGUGAAAGCGACCCCAUAGGCACUGUCGUCCUAACCCUAAAUGCAUCACAGACCCACCUCAGAAAGGGUCACGACUUCAAACACCAUCUGACCUACAGCUUCGUUGCAGCCCCCAAUGGCUCGGGCCACGAACUAGACUCGUCCCUCUUCAGCUUGGACGAACAAGGACGUAUGAUUCUUGCAGGUACACUCGACCGGGAAACAAAGUCAACUUACUACGUAACUGUUUGUGUGGAAACGGAACUGUCUCUCGUGUCUUUCGUUGACCUCACGGUACACGUCAUGGAUGACAAUGACAAUGCACCCAGCUUCGACACUGCAGGCUACACGACGUCUGUGGCAGAGAACAUCGAAGAAGGUUGCACAGUCGCUAAAAUUACAGCUCACGAUCCGGAUGCGGGGGAAUCGCGCAAGAUUACCUACGAGUUCUAUGAAGGAAAUGAUCCAGCAGCAGACAUUUUUCAAGUGGACUCGCACACAGGGUGGAUUACUACACUAGUCCCGUUGGAUCGCGAGGCGGUCCCAUUCUAUAACUUCACGGUGAUGGCGAGGGAUGAUGGACUUCCACCGAUGUACUCAACCACUUGGGUCUACGUUGAAGUGCUGGACGUGAAUGACAACGCACCGGUUUUCCAGCGGCCACGUUAUGACGCGGCGAUCUAUGAGGAUGCCAUGGCGGGAACGGUGAUUGUGACGUUAGAGACGAAGGAUGCAGAUGUGGAGUCUGGGCCAGUCGACUUCUACAUUGUCAGUGGUGAUCCUGGAGAGCACUUUGGGAUGAGAAAAACUGGAGAAGUUUAUGUCAACAGGGCCCUUGACAGAGAAUCCACAGCUUCCUAUUUUUUAGAAGUUGUCGCAACGGAUGGAGUGUUUGUGGCAAAAACGCAGGUCGCUAUUGAUGUUUUAGACUCAAAUGACAAUCCACCCAUAUGUCUUAAGUCCAAGUACACAGAGCUGGUCUCGGAAAGCAUAGCAGUAAACACCUACAUUCUCAGAAUUGAAGCAACAGAUGCAGAUGAAAAUAGGAAUGCACAAAUGCGUUACCACUUGUCUGGAAAGGGGUCAGAUGACUUUGUUGUGAAUGCAAGUACUGGUGUUCUGAAGACCAGUAAAGCCCUGGACCGCGAACAACAAUCACGCUAUUUGCUGACAGCCCAUGUUCAAGACUGGAGCCAGUGGGAAUGGGAGUGCACAAGCACUGUCGAGAUCCUGCUAAGUGAUGUCAACGACAAUCCUCCUACCUUCACCGAAGAAGCCUAUUCUGUCUCUGUCGCAGAGGAUGUGGAUGUUGGGACCCUGGUCACCAAAGUUCAUGCUACUGAUAAGGACCUGGGCAUGAACCGAAGGGUAAGCUACUCAUUUGUGGACUCUGCACGAGGCCACUUUGGGAUUGACGAGUCCUCAGGAAUUGUGCGACUCAACAAACCUCUGGACCGCGAGGAACGCGCACUGUACAACCUAACGGUCCAGGCACGGGACCACGGCACCCCUGAGCUCUCCUCCUUGGCUACGCUGAUAGUCGCCAUACAGGACGUGAACGACAACCCUCCGGAGUUCUCACGAAAAGUGUAUCACGCCACCGUCUCUGAGGCGGCUAGCAUUGGCUACGAAGUAUUGAGGGUCCACGCCACGAGCCGUGACAGUGGAAUGAAUGCAGAGAUUACUUACUUCCUUAGUGGUGGCAAUGAGAGAGGGCAUUUUACUAUUGAUGCCAAAACAGGGUCAAUUGAAAUUGCAAAUCCUCUGGACUACGAAGUGGUGAAAGAUUACUUCUUGACCGUGCUUGCUAGAGACGGGGGAGUCCCUGCACUGAGUAACCAAGCGACAGUGAACAUAUCUGUGACGGACUAUAACGACAACCCGCCUGUCUUUGGACAGCAAGUCUACAAUGCCAUUGUGCGAGAAGAUGCCAUUAUUGGAGAUCGUAUUAUACAGGUGAUAGCACGCGACGCUGACAGUCCGGCUAAUGCAAUUGUAUCAUAUGCUAUUUUGCAAGGAGACCGACAUAAUCAGUUUCACAUCGAAAAGGAAACUGGAUAUAUUUCAUUGGCUGCUCCACUGGAUCGGGAGGCGAUAUCAAACUAUGUAUUAGAAGUUGAGUGCACGGACAGUGGUACUCCACCACUUGCAUCCAGAAUCUUUGUCAACAUAGAAGCAUCUGACGUGAAUGACAACGUGCCAACAUUUUCAAAAGCAAACUAUAGUGAAGUGGUACAGGAGGGAAAACCAGUUGGAUUCACAGUCGCUAAAUUUACUGUCACCGACGCAGACGCUGCACCUAAUGCUGCACCGUUCACUUUAGAUAUAGUUUCUGGUAAUGACAAUAAUGCGUUCCGUGUUGUUCAACAAGAUGCCACGUUGCGAACAGCUGCCAAAUUGGACCCCAAAAUCAGAACAGAAUAUAAUCUUCGUGUCCGUGUGACAGACUCAGGGACCCCACCACUAUCGUCGGAGAUCUGGGUUCACGUGAAGGUUGUCGAAGAGAGCCAGUUCCACCCCCAAGUUUCGCCUUUGUCUAUCUCUGUCAGUUCAUAUCUCGACGACUUUCCUGGUGGAGUCCUGGGACGCAUUCACGCAUCGGAUAAAGAUCCGUACGACAAGCUCACAUAUGAGUUGGUUUCUCUGCACCAGCACUUAUUUUCGGUCGACCGUGAGGAUGGAACUUUGGUGGCGCUGCCUGGCCUGGAUGUGGGGAAAUACACAGUGAACGUAAGCGUAUCAGACGGGAAAUUUACGACACACGCUGCAGUUUCCGUAGAGGUGGAUCUAGUGAGCGAAGAAGGACUUGCCAAUGCAGUUGGAAUACGAUUGGAUAGUGUCACCCCGGAAGACUUUUUGGUAACUUACAAGAAAGGGUUCCUGAGAGGUCUGAGAUCCUUGUUGAAUGUCCGACUGAAAGACGUGCAAAUCAUCAGCAUACAGCCUGCAGCCGACGUCAAGACAAACGAAAUAGCACGGUCCCGCCGGAGUACUCGACAGGACUUGGAUGUCUUAUUUGCCCUCCGUAAAGGUUCACAUGGUUAUUACUCUGCUAAGCUCAUCACAAAUAAGCUACGAGACAAUGUGCAGGCAAUGGAAACAGCUGUUGGGUUGAAAGUCGUGCAGGUUACUGAGGACCGCUGCACAUCUACUUACUGUGUGCACGGCGAAUGUUUUGAUCACGUGGUGUUGGACAGGACAUACGCUGUGAGUCUGACGACAGACACACUAAGCUUUGUGUCCCCUCAGCACUAUCGUCAAAUCGACUGCCAAUGUACACCAGGGUUUGGUGGUCCAAAGUGUGAGAUGGCAGUGAAUGAGUGUUCCCGAAAGCCAUGUCCUCCUCAAAGGAUAUGUGUGCCAGACUCUUCCACCUUGGGGUACAGCUGUCAGUGUCCAGAUGGCAAGACUGGUCCGUCGUGCAAUAUCAUUGUCACAUGCCAAGAUCCUGAUUGUUAUGAAGAGAAACAUCCUGUCUCUUUUGGGGGGAAAAGCUACGCCCACUAUACAUUGACAAACCCAAUGGACAGACGAAUAACACUGGCGUUGAGGCUACGUACAAUUCAGUCCACGGGUAAUCUCAUGUACUCUGCCGGUGCACGGGAUUAUAGCAUACUGGAGGUUGUGAACGGGUGUGUCCAAUAUCGUUUUGACUGCGGCAGUGGCGAAGGCGUCGUCCGUGUUGGGCAGAAGCGAGUCAGUGAUGGGUCCUGGCACGAGGUCAUGCUCGAAAGACGUGGGAACUUUGCACGACUUUCAAUAGAUCAUCGCUACGAGUCAUCUGGUGCAGCACCAGGUGUUCACGACAUUCUCAACCUCGACGGCAACGAUAUGUUCUUUGGUGCUGAAGUUCGUGUAGCUGGCUACGAUGAUCUCCGAAUGGGAUUUGUCGGAUGUCUAGAUGACGUUCGGGUAGACGGCAUUCUUCUUCCACUUCACGUGUCUGGUGGCAGCACCAUCGCCACUCUACGUCGCUUCGCCAACGUACAGUUCUCCUGCAAGACAUUGUUUGACCCUGGAGUAUGUGGUAGUCAGCCGUGUCAGAAUGGUGGGUCAUGCUUACCAUCAACAGACCAGAAAGGAGACGGGUAUACCUGCACCUGUCUGUCACGUUUCAAGGGUAACAGCUGCCAAAUAGACACAAAUCCCUGCGCUUCUGCUCCAUGCCUGAAUGGUGGCACGUGCCAAAAUGACCCCCACGGAGGCUACAAAUGCAAUUGUCCGCAAAGGCUUAGUGGAAAACGCUGCGAUUACGGGCGAUAUUGCAACCCAAACCCAUGCCAGAAUGAUGGUGUUUGUGAAGAAGGCACAAGGAGUCAUGUGUGCCGCUGUAGGGGAUUUCAGGGAAGCGAGUGUCAGCAUGACGUGGAUGAGUGUGUGCAUGUGCCUUGUGCGAUAGGAGCAACUUGUUUGAAUCUUCCUGGGAGUUUUCAGUGUGUAUGUCCUGCAAAUGCAACAGGUCCACUGUGCUCCAAUAGGUAUACAGCUACGUCUGUGUUCACAUCAGCACUGCCGUCCCCACUGCUUGAGAUAGUGUGGGUAGCAGUGGGGUUGCUUGUGUUGUUCCUACUUGCUGCGUGUGUGGCCUGUUGUUGGAAGAAACGGAGGAAGCAGCGCCUUCCCAAUGAUGGUCGUAACUUUCAUGGGGCCCACCCUUUAGACCAGGGCGUCGGCAACGAAAUGACCCUGAAGAACUGCAUGCUCGGGACCAAGGACAAUGUGAAGCGGAUGAGCAAGGUGAGCAACCUCGACCACCAGCAACACCAGACGGCCUUCACAACACCACCCCUGCCGCCGCGGCCAGCAUCUUACACGCCGAGCAUGCAGCAGGACACCGCACUGAACAACUUCGACACGGUGAGGAGCUACGGGAGCGCUGCCGACGACCUCGAAUCCCGAUAUACAGCAAACGACCUCAAGGCCAACCUAGCAAAAGUAGCGGCACAAGCCGGGCACAAGCAACCGCUCCUGCAGUCAAAUUCUGCAUCCGAUACGACUUCCCUGCAGAAGGCCGUCUGGGACCCCGACAAGGGCAAGAUCUAUGUGGACAAGAUUCCCAACGAUCUGAAAGCUGCUAAGGCUAUGCUUCCUGCCAUGGCACUCAACAAGAACCUUGCCACACCAACAAGGAAAGGUCCUGCUACUUAUGCUGCUGGUCUGGCAUCUGACGAUCUCCCAGCUAGCAACAACAAUGCAGUGACUACGCCAAGAGAAGGAUACACCUGGGAUUAUUCGGACCUUACGACUGAGCAGAAGCCCCUGGCUAACAUCACCGAAGUGCCUGGAAACGAGGUGCAGGAUUCCUCUAGUCUCCAUAGCGCUGACUCCAACAGCCAGAACAGCCAGAUCGACCUCUUGCCCAGCAAUAAGGGCUCAGAGGCUGCCGAGUCAGAGUAUGUUGGUGACUCUGAAACCAACGAGUCAGUUGGCGAACCAGCAGCAUUUCAGGGCUACGACCAGCUGCUGCAAAUAAGUGAGGACGAUGAGGAUGGACCGCCAUCAUCGUUACCUCAUCGUUACGACUGCCACCCUAAUCAGUACCUCCCGUCUCAUUGUUUGAGUAGUGGGACAUCACCAGCAGACGACGAGUCUGAAGACGGAGUUGUUUCAUAUGGCUUCCCAUCUCAAGGUGGUCGUGGUUUCUUAGUUAGUGACGCUGUGUCUCUGGCAACAACAGACAUAGCAUUAUCUUCAAAUCACCCAUCAUGUUCUGACCUGUCCAUGAACAAUGUGUGCGACAUUGAGGACAGUGACGAAGAUGACGACACUGACAGCACUGUGGUACGUAAGCCGCUCACUACGACUGUCGUCUGAGGUGUGCCUUCGAUAUGUAAUUUAUCAGACGAAUUAUGACACUGACUUUAAUUUUAUUCCGUGCGCACCACCUCACACUGAAUGUGAUGUGUGAAUGGUGAGGUGUGGACUAUGCCUGUCUUCCUGUGAAGCACCAGAGACUGUUUUUUGCAACUAUGAGAUGGCUUAUUUAUGUGUUGUGAAACGGACAGAAGUUGUAGAGCUUUAUUUAGCUUGAUGCUCAAGACACAGAUGGUACUGAACAAAGCUGAUAUUACAGAGGAGAAAAUCAUGAUUUUUACGUAAUUCCCUGCUAACCCACUUGAUCUCGGUCCAAACUAUUCAGAAGCUGUUGCCACGAGCGACAUGCUCUAUUUGUCUCUUAUCCACAAGCCCAAGCCUGAUGCAUGUGAACACGAAACGGCAGCUUCCAAUACAGAAUGCUGUCUUGUAAAAGUUAGGACAUUCAGAAAACUCUUGCAUUGGCUUUGUUCAGACCUGUCGUUCCUUGACGCUUUCACUCCAUUUUUGCAAAGAUUUCGUGAAUAAGGUUACCAUUGCUCGACACAUUGUUAGUGAACCUUGAGUGACAUAGUGAUCAUCACAGUUGUUUUUAUGAUGCAGGAAGCCUGAUUUAAUGACUUAAGUUUUCACACAGAAAUCGGUGUAACACAUUUUGCAUUUGCGACCUUCACUUGUGUUACGGAAGUUUUGUAUCCCAGAAACACCAGAUAAUCUGCAUCUGAAAAUAUUUUGAUAUAGGUUUCUAGAGCAUCACUCACUAUGAAACAUUGUACAAAGUUUGGUCAUGAAACAUGUCAUCUACAUGAUUUGUGAGAAUGAUUUUUGCAUAGCAGUGAAAUGUCUUGACUUACAUUGUUCAGACAUUUGAGGAUGAAUGUCCUUUUCCAAUGUUAUAUUAUGUUAUGCAAUAGUGCCAUCCAUAUAUUAAUGUAUUACUUUAUGUACAUCUCAGUCUGUUUUGUGCUGCUUUCGAAAACUGAAAUGUUGAAUUUUGAAGCAGUCGGUUGCACUGAAACAAAACAUUUGUUCCCAUCAAAGAUGAAACAGUUUCUAAAGCUAAUCAUUGAAGAUCAUUUUGUCAAUGAGUAUGCGGUUCCCUUUACAAACUGUAGACAUUUAUAUAAUGAUGGUUAUAUUCACCCCAGAACAAAUUUAAUUUAUUAUUGCAACGUUGUCAACACUGCUUUUGCAGCGAACCAUAAUCGUUAUUACAUUCACUGCCAUGAAAAACAUAUUUCUAAAUUCAUUUGCCCUACAGAUAACAUUCAGUUUGAAUAAUGUUUAUGGUAAAAUAAAUUUGAAGUCACAGAACACUUCCCACCUUCACUAAUCACAUAGUUCCUGUUUCCUAUAUUACAUUCCUAUUCUCAGUAAAUGCAUUUCCAGUGGAGAAACAUGUACAUGCCCACAUUCUUUUGAAAUCUUAUUCCAGACUGUAAUAGUCAUGAUUUUUGUCCAGAUUAAUAGUAUUGCCCUAAUUUUGCCCUACAGAUGACAGACAUUACGAGCAUGACAACAGGGCUUCUAUAUGAUAAAAUCGUAUCAUAACAACAGAAAGGCAGAGCACAAUCCAUGAAAUUCAUUGCCCAAGGUCACACGAUUAGGAGUUCACUAUACACAUUUUAGCAGCGGAAUGAAUUAUUGCAUGAUUUGCCAAAACUCCUGUAAAAAAAAAUCCUGUUUUUGCUUAGCUCUUGUGUUUCCACCAAAAUAAUUUGUAAGAUAAAUUUCAAUAACAGACGCGCAUGCCUUUUGCUUGUGUCCUCGAGCAACAUGUCUCUAGAUGGUAUAUUUUUCACUGGCUUGUUGAUAUUCAAGAUUCAGAUUGUGCCUGUAUGUUAAUUCUUUGUAAUAAUAUGGAUAUCUCAGGACUUCCUUCCGCAAGCGAAUUUAAUUGUUUGCUGAAACUCGAAGUUGCUGGUACAAUGUGUCUGAUAAUUUAUUGGGCCCAUUUUCUCUCUCUACUUUUUUUUUUUAAAUCUGUGUGUCUCACAGCCAAAAUGAUACAAGAGUUGCAGCCCAAAUGCUGCAUAACCCUGUCUGGGAUUUCUGCAUAAGAAGGAAUAGUAUGGAGGCUUCUUUUGUAAUAGUUUCACGGAAUCUAUGCUGCACCACCUGUCUAAUCCUUGUUUGACAACAUGAGGUGUUCCUGCAGGCACCACAAACAGUUCAAUAGUCAAUAGUUCAUAGUGUCAAUUUUUAUAGCUAUUCUUCUUUAUGGAAAGAUUGUAGGUCACCAGAGCAUCCUGGUUUGCAAUUUUCUUAAUGCGGACCUAGUAACCCCUGGAGCGAAGUUGUGCAUUCAUUUUUGCCUGCAAACUUGCCACAAAACUGCCAUGGCAAAAAUCAUCAAAUCCAAAAUUGAAAAAAAAAAAAAAAAAAAAUCUAAUCAUGGCAAAACUGUAAUGAUUUUUGCCACAAGUUAAGCACAAGGCUGCAAAAUGAGCAACUGGUCCCACCUCCCACAUGUAAGAAUGGGCUAGUACAAGCAGGGCCAAAUCUGAACACGUAUUCAGACCACUGGAGGUUUUGGGGCACUUACAUGCGGCUUGCCCAUACUAUUCCUUCUGAAGAGGUCACAUCACAAAAGCCUAGGUUCAUUGUUAAAACUGAACCGUUAGGCAACAUACACACUCAACACUACCUAACAGCACACCUUUCUUAAGAAAUGCCUUGAAACUGUUAGGGUCGCACUGUACAACUAAUGUUAUUCCCUGCAUAGGUCUACACUUGUUUAAAGUGGAAUUUCACUGUACAGCAUCGAAUGCAUCAGGGCAGUUGGAAAUCAAAAUAUGAUACUUUUUGCUUCUGUUGUGAAUACAAGAUGAUUUAUGCUGACAACA